AUGAAGCCAAACUUCUCAUGGCUGCCAUCGUUACUGUUACUUACAUUCCCUUAUUCAUUUUCCACUGAUUCCAAAAAACUGCCCAAUGUAUUUUUUGGAACAUAUACGCUCGAAAAGUCUACUAAUCUGGAUGAAUACCUUACUGCUAGAGGUUACAAAUGGCUUACACGUCGACUUAUCCUAAUUGCAAGUGUCACGAAAAUAAUUCGAAAGGCAGCUUCAGGUUUGCCUUUGCGAUACGAUAUGGAAACUCUCACGUGGAAGAAAAAUGUUCUUUACACGGAUUUCGAACUUGGUACUUCGUUCUUAACUGAUCAUUUGGAGGAUGGCUUGUUUAAUGUAACACUAGAUAUAAGCCAAGAUGGCGUAGUGAUGACAGAAAAUGUGAUACGUGUGGAAAAUCCAGAAGACCAUGAAACGUUCCAAUACACCCGAGAAAAUAAUUACCUAAUUAUGCGUACUACGUGGAAAGGCGUAAGUGCUGCUGGUUUCUAUCGGAAAGUAUGCUCCUACGACAUAAAUAAUUAUUCUGAAUUCUGUUAA